AUUUAUUUGUAUGAUUUCGACAUCAUUUUUAUCGCAACAGAUUUGUUUUACUUCACCCAAGUCACCCAGAGCCGGCCAUUUGUCACCGCAUGGUUGUUCCGUACGAAUCAUUGACAGUGCUUGUAUAAGAUGCUGUACAGCGUCUUGUUAUGGUGACGGUGGAUUUCAUCAAGGAUGCUGAGCCAUUACUAGCCAAACCUUGAGGGAUGAUAUAUGGGUAAGUGACUUCAAUUGUUUCUGUAGAUCUGUGCAGCUUCUACUACAAGACAAAUACAACAGAAGAGGCGAGCAGCAAAGUACCAAAGGGCAGAGAAAGAGUACAUGGAGUGGGACAUAUAUGUUUAUAUUCGUUGUACAUUUUAAUUUGGUGAACAAAUAUUUAUUCCCACUAGGGCUUUAUAUGCAUCUAUGCUACCAGUUUAUCUAUAGCUUUUAGAGAAGUAAAGGUAUUUAAGCGCGUUUAGGUACUGUAGCAGACUAAUAGUUGAUUCGUUCUAGGAAUAAAUAGUUUAUUUAUAUAAUCGGUAGAGUGAAACAGUCUGUACAGAGAGCGUUUGAAACUUAUAACCGUAUUGUAGUUCCUGACUUCUAGGGGCAGGUUGUUCCAUAUUUUAGAAUACGUGACUGUGAAGAAGUUUUCGCGGAGUGCUGACUUAAUGGCUUUUAUUGUCACUGUGCAAGUUUGGUUACGCAGAUCGUAGGAGCCUUCUUGUGCGAAUUGUAUGUCCUUACUGUCUGAGAAUGAUAUUUUGUGUAGGACCUUAUAGAAGAAUACACUUGUCGCGCGCUGUUUGAAAAAAUGAGUGCUUUUUUCACAUACUUGACAAAUCGCUGUUUUUGUUGUGUUAUUCACUUCAAGAACAUUUUUAGAAAUUUAACUUGACUUUUGUCUGUUAAGCUUUGAUUUUAAACACUUAUAUAGUCUCUAUUGGGUAAAUUGUCUUGGCUGUUCCAGUAGUUCAUUAUGUCAAAAGUACCACAUAGAUGUAAUAGGGCGGAGUGUUACUUUUUGGUAGAUGAUGGAAUACAGUGCAAUAACUGUAAAAAGUGGUAUCAUAAGAUGUGUACUGGAUUACGUCCAACUGCAUACAAACGUUGUAGUGCUCCAACAUCCCACCGGAUGUGCAGAAUGUGUUGCUCCCCAAAGAUGACUUUGAUAGGGGAGGCUCACGAACUACUGUCUAAGGCCAUGGAACUUCCUGAUGAGAGCGUGGCUAGUAACAGUGACACAGACUGCCCGUCUGAAGAUGACGCCAUAUUCAUCGACCUUAGCAAGGCGUUUGACAGGGUUUCUCAUUCAGGUCUUCUAGUAAAGUUAGGUAGUCUGGGAAUCAAUAAAGUGGUUACCGACUGGAUUCAAGACUUUCUAAAGGACAGAAGACAAAGAGUACGAGUUAACGGGGUUUCAUCAACAUGGGAAUCGGUUAAGAGUGGUGUUCCUCAGGGUACAAUUCUAAGCCCACUUCUUUUCCUGAUUUAUGUCAACGAGAUUCCAUCGGUAGUUAAUUCAUCCUGCUUACUGUUUGCUGAUGACAUCAAGAUAUGGAGGGCUUUACACGAUGACAGUGACCAACUUGCUUUGCAGGAAGAUUUAAACUUGUUAAGUGAUUGGUGUAAGCACUGGGCCUUGGAGAUUAACUUAAACAAGAGUGUAGUUAUGCAUGCAUCCCAUAGUCACGUGCACAAUUACUCAAUGAAUGGCAUUGCUCUCCCAGUGGUCACUGAGUACAAGGACUUGGGAGUGGUUGUGCAGCAUGACUUGAAAACAGCAACAAACUGCAGAGCUGCAGCCACUAAGGGUUUUCGAAUAUUAUGGGUCAUAAGCAAGGCUUUUGCGAACUUUGACGCUGAUAUAUUUCGUAUAUUAUAUUCGACUUAUAUCAGACCUCAUUUGGAAUAUGGGAUCCAGGCAGCGAGCCUGUGUUUCAAAUACGAAAUAGACUUAUUAGAAAGGGUGCAAAGAGUAGGAACUAAGCUAAUAAAGGGUUUCUCAACCCUCUCAUAUGAGGAGAGGUUAAGUCGACUGGGUUUAUUUCCACUGUCAUACAGACGACUUAAGGGUGACCUAAUACUAGCAUAUCGUAUCCUAAGAAAUGAUUUUGGAUCUAAUUUAUCUAAUUUAUUUCUUCCUUCUAGCACCAACCAAUUGCGAGGACAUCACCUCAACUUUUAAUAACCACGGUCGAAUCGUCUGCGUUUGGAGAUCCGUCUUUCGCACUGAAUUGUGAACAAUUGGAACUCUCUACCGGAACAUGUCGUAGCAGCGCCAUCCGUUGAUUCAUUCAAGGCGAGAUUGCACCUCCUGUAUGUAACAAAUCAAAAGGAUGAACACAGGCAUAUAGCCUGCUAUCCUAAAUAAACUGCAAAAUGUAAACUAUAAUUAGUCGUCUUGUCCAGAGUGGGUCAAGUUGUAGAAUCAUGCACCGUGAGAUGUAGUCCUUCUUACAUUCGUAGC